AUAUCCCAAAUCCUGCACUUGUCACUUAAGCUAAUUCACUCUAUUAUUUCUUGCUCUAAUAAAAAACCACCACCCACCCACUUUUCUGAGACCAUGGCUGAGCGCAAGGUGCUGAACAAGUACUACCCGCCGGACUUUGACCCGAGCAAGCUGCCUCGGCAGCAAAAGAAGGCGCAGUGCAAGGUGCGGCUGAUGGCGCCGUGCAACAUGUGGUGCAACGUGUGCGGCAACUACAUUUACAAGGGGCUCAAGUUCAACGCGCGCAAGGAGACGGUCGCGGGCGAGUCGUACCUGGGCAUCAAGGUGUUUCGCUUUUACAUUCGCUGCCCGCGGUGCGCGUCCGAGUGCACGUUCAAGACCGACCCGGAGCACUCGGACUAUGUGGCCGAGAUCAACCUCACGCGCAACCUGGAGCCGUGGCGCGAGAAGCUCGCUCGCGAGGACGAGGAGCGCAAGAAACGUCUCGCCGACGAAGAGGACAACCCCAUGAAGGCCCUCGAGAACCGCACGCUCGACUCGCGCAGGGAAAUGGAGCUCAUUGAAGCGCUCGAGGACAUCCGGGACACGAAUGCAAGGCACGGGCGCGUCGACCACAACGCAAUGCUCGACCACUACGCAAAGCUCCAGCAGCAAGACCUCGAACGCCAGGAGCUCGAGGACGAGACGCUGGUCCAGAACGUCUUUCGGAAAGGAGCAGGUGCUGCUGGCUCGUUGAACAGUGGGCCGGGCGGCGUCAAGCGGCGGCUCGCAGAGCUGCAAAACAGCAAUGGUGGCGCGGCAAAGUCAGCGCUCGACGGCCUCGACAGCGAAGGAUACUUGAACUUUUCAGACGACGACGAUGAUGAUGAGGACGAUGAUGCUGAUAGUGGCAUUGUCGUCGAGGAUGGUCUUGCCAAUGUUUUCUCCCGCGCAGCAGCCGGAGCGCAGCCCGCCUCCAACGUAUUGACAGGAGAGACUUCAGCAGCAGCAACCCACGAUGCCAAGCGGCCGAAAAUCGAAGGGUUUGAUGCAGGUCCAGACAAGCUGAUUGCCACGGGAGUCACCAAACUCGUCGGAUUGGUCAAGAAGAAGACCGCAACAACAGAGACCGCUGCCAAGCCUGCCGCGCCAGUAGCAGGAGGCGCUGCUUCUGUGUCGGCGCCAUUACUAGCAACCUCAAGUGCCAAGCCAGCACCUGGAGGGUUGUCAUUGCUUGGAGGCUAUGCGAGCGACGAUGAUGAGUAAUACAUGAACCAUUCUGAACGACGAGAAAACGACCAGCGCAGAAAUUGAAAGCGGAGGCCGGUGAACAACGAUUGCUCACUGACACACCUGCUACAGAUUGUGAAGAUUAUUUAAUGAAAACAAACAAAGAUUACACGGCCUA